GCCAAGAGGCUUGCUGAUUUUAAUCUUUAGAUGUUGGCUGUCAAGAUUUGUCUGUGCCUCGCAUACCUCUGUGUUCCUAUGCAAGCACAGCCUUGGAAUCCAGCAGUAAACUGAUAUUUUUUUCUACUCUCCUGCUUGGUACAGUGACAGAAACCUGGUAGAGAGGGUUUGUGGUUUGGUCUCUUGUGAGGAUUAAGCACCCGUUCUAAUAGCGUGGGACGCCUCCUGUGCUGCAGAAUUGGCCUUCAGGUCAAGGGAUUUCCUCUAAUAUGUUGGAUAAAGCCAAGACACUCCAGUCUACCUAUGUCGGGAUUAUGCCACUUGCAGAGACUGUGGCAAAGCAAGGGAAGAGCUGUUCAAGCACAUAUCAGGAUUCAUACCACAGCCUGCGAGAAGUGCUGCAGUUGAAGCUCCAGCAGCGACGCACACGGGAGGAGCUGGUGAGCCAAGGGAUCAUGCCGCCUCUGAAAAGUCCAGCUGCAUUUCACGAACAAAGAAGGAGUUUGGAACGGGCCAGGACAGAGGACUAUCUGAAACGGAAAAUUCGGUCCCGGCCAGAGAGAUCAGAGCUGGUUAGGAUGCACAUUCUGGAAGAGACCUCAGCUGAACCCUCCUUGCAGGCUAAGCAGCUGAAGCUAAAGAGAGCCAGGCUGGCAGAUGACCUCAAUGAGAAGAUAGCCCAGAGGCCAGGUCCCAUGGAGUUGGUGGAAAAGAACAUCUUGCCUGUGGAAUCCAGCCUGAAGGAAGCCAUUAUAGUUGGACAGGUGAACUACCCAAAGGUUGCAGACAAUUCCUCCUUUGACGAGGACAGCAGUGAUGCCCUUUCCCCAGAACAGCCAGCCAGCCAUGAGUCCCAAGGGUCCGUCCCAUCGCCGAUGGACUCACGGAUUUGCGACCCUCUCCCUAGCACCACUGGCACAUCACUAGCUCAGGGUACAUCCCAAUUGCAGAUUAGUGCAGACUCCAAUGAAACUCUUUUCCUACCUGAACAGCCGCCCCCACCUCUGCCACCUCCACCUCUUCUGCCUCCUAAUCUUACCAAUGGAGCAGCUCUUCCUGCUGCCAAGCCCCCACCAACGCUCAUUAAGCAAAGCCAGCCCAAGUCUGCUAGUGAGAAGUCUCAGCGCAGUAAGAAAGCCAAGGAGCUGAAGCCGAAAGUCAAGAAGCUUAAAUAUCAUCAGUAUAUUCCCCCGGACCAAAAGCAGGACAAGGGAGCUCCUCCCAUGGAUUCAUCUUAUGCCAAAAUUCUGCAGCAGCAGCAGCUCUUUCUUCAGCUUCAGAUCCUCAACCAGCAGCAGCAGCAGCACUACAACUAUCAGACCAUCCUGCCAGCUCCACCAAAGCCUCCAGGAGAGCAGCAGACUGGUGCCAGUGCCCCAGCCGUACGCAAUCUCUCUGCUGCAGUCAGUAGCACAUCUUCAGUAUCCUCUGGUUCCAGUGGGCUGAUGCGACAAAACAGUAAUGCUGCAGUGGGCAAGCCAGGCCCUCUCCCUGCCAACUUGGAUGAGAUGAAGGUGGCAGAGCUGAAGCAAGAGCUGAAGCUGAGGGCCUUACCUGUCUCAGGCACAAAAACAGACCUGAUUGAACGGCUCAGAGCGUACCAAGAGCAGAACGCUGCAGCCGGCCAAACAACCCCCACUCCCAAGCCCAGCACGGCAGCCAUUCUAUCUAAAGCUGCUGAGGUGGUGGUUGCCUUCCCAGCUGCCAGGCUGAGCACAGGCCCGGCCCUGGUCACCACUGGCAUUGCACCAGCAGAAGUAGUUGUGGCCACCGUCACUGGUGGAGGCGUGAUGAAGUUUGGCAGCACUGGCUCGACUCCGCCUGUUUCCCCCACUCCUUCGGAGCGCUCACAAGUGAGCACAGGGGAUGAGAAUUCAGCCACUGGAGACACCUUUGGAGAGAUGGUGACUUCGCCUCUGACCCAGCUCACCCUGCAGGCGUCUCCAGUGCAGUUCCUGGUGAAGGAAGAAAGUUCCAAGUCUGCCUCCUGCAGCGUCAGCGCAGCACCCAGGUCGGAGCGGUGCAGCACUGGGAACAGCAGGGAUGCAGAAGCUAGGGACAAAGACCAGAUGCUGCAGGAGAAGGACAAACAGAUAGAGGAGCUCACCCGCAUGCUGAAGCAGAAGCAGCAGUUGGUUGAGAUGCUCCGACUACAGCUGGAGCAGGAGAAACGUGCUCAGCAGUCGCUACCAGCUCCGGCAGCUGUGGGAGAAGGAACAGCUCUCGCCUCCAGCCCAGGAGUGUUUGGUAUCCAGGUCAAGAGUGAAAACGGUUUCCUGAGCUGCCAGUCUGCAAAGCAAUCCAGUGGCCAAACCGACCAAUUCAACCCCACACCAACCUCUAGCCAAGUGGACACUUCUAACCCAAGCCCAGUGCCAAAGAAAGCUGUGAUGGUGAAGCAGGAGGUGCCAGCCCCAGAAGCAGAGCCGCCGUGCCAGUCCCACAGCCCACGGCUGUUCCUUGGCCAGCAAGGGAGCGCCCUGAGUGACCUGAUCAAGGGCACUCCUCCCCCAACCCUCAUCACCGACUCCACAGGGACCCACAUCGUCCUCACCGUGACCAAGCAGAGCACCGAGAGGCAGGGCCUCUCAUCCCAGGGGAAGGCAGUGAGCAGCUGUCCAACCUCACAGAGAGUACAAUCAUCGCCCGCUAAAACUUCCAGCCAACCGCUGUGUCAGCCACCUGCAAGCACUCCUCAGCAGCCCACAACACAGCAGCAGCAGCAGCAGCAGCCAAGAGGCCUAAACCAACCUGUCAGAAAGCCCUCAUCCCAGCCCUGCUCUCCUGCUGCCCCCUCCCCUUCCCAGAUGGACCUGGAGCAACAGCAGCAGCAGCAGAAGCAGCAGCAUACGUCGCUUUUUGGACCUCCUCCACCACCUCUUCCUGUCCCCUCAGUCCCACUGAAAGAGCCACCGGGCUAUGAAGAGGCCAUGAAGCAGCAGCCAAAGACCCAGGAGAACGGCUGUUCCAGCCAGCAGAUGGAUGACUUGUUUGACAUUCUCAUAGAGAGUGGAGAGAUCUCUGCUGACUUCAAGGAUCAGUCAUCCCCAGAUGGAAAAGAACCACCUGCGGCCCCGGCCUGCUCCUCACCACCCAGCAGCCACCAUUCCUCGGAGCUGCCGGUGCCGCUGGGGCAGACAGUGCCCGUGGGGCGGCUGGAGGACUUCCUGGAGAGCAGCACCGGGCUCCCGCUGCUGACGGCAGGGCACGACGGGCCUGAGCCCCUGUCCUUGAUCGAUGACCUCCACAGUGAGAUGCUGAGCAGCUCGGCCAUCCUGGACCACCCGCCUUCACCCAUGGACACCUCGGAAUUGCACUUUGCUCACGAGCCGGCCGGGGGCGUAGCAUUGGAUCUGGCUGAGGCUAACUUGGACAGCAUGGACUGGCUGGAGUUGCCAGGGGGAUCUGUCUUGAGCCUGGCCCCCCUCAGCACCACAGCUCCCAGCCUCUUUUCCACAGACUUCCUCGAUGGACAUGAUCUGCAGCUGCACUGGGAUUCGUGCUUGUAACUCUGUGAGCAGAGACUGAAGGGAUUGGGUGCGGGAGGGCACGGGCAUACAGGGGGAAGAGGCCAGUCAACCAAAAGAAACCCCAGAAACAAAAGAAAGAAGAGAAAAAAGGAGCUCCUAGUAUCCAUACUCCUCCCCACACAGUGUUCCUCCUCUACUGCUGCAGUGGCAGCAAAGGCAGACCCAUGGCUUGAACCACUGCCAGCUGAGCAGUGGGGCCGGGGGGUUGGCUGCAGCUCUGGGGCAAGAGCGGAGCCGGCAGCCCCGCUCCCUCCUGCAAGACAUGGGCAUAGACAUGCAGGUAAAGCUUCCUGCUGCAAGACAGGGUGAGACCGGACCUGAGCCUUUCUGAAAGCAGCAUCCCGCUCCUUGCUGGCAGAUAUGGGGCAUCCAACACAGCCCCAGCUGCCCCCAUUAGUGGUUGUGGAAGGGGAUCAUUCUUCCUCCAGAGCAGGGCACAGAGAAGGGAGCUGCCAGGAGGGCUGCCUGCUGCACCUGUGCCAUCUGUCAGGAGUCACCUCUGCCGCAGGGCUGUGAGGAAGGGGCAGAACAGGCACCUUUGCCAAAUGUAUCAAAAGAAAAAGGGAGUUUCCCACCAACCCAGUACUCUCUGAGCUGGUUUCUUCAGUGCUGGUGAGCUUGGCAAAGGCUGCCCACUUGCUUCACCUGCUUUGGGCUGCAAAAACAGACUUUUAAGGUGCUAAAAUCCAGGUUAGAUCUGUCCUUCACUGCCCCAGGUCUCCAGCUGUGACUGGUGUUGGCCUGCAGGCACCAUCUGCUCACUGCCCCCAAGCUGAGCAGGGCAUCGGCCCACGGUCCUGGGCAGUGCAGAGGGGCACAGCUGUGAUCGAGCAACAUAUCAUUAAGGGCCACGUGCAAUCUUCCUCCUGCCUUCAGCUGUGCUGCUGCCUCCCUGCAGCUGGUGACCCAGGUGUAAAGAAGAACUCCUCCACCUCCAAAUCUGCCCUCCAGCCCCAUGGAGGGAAGGGUGUCAGCCCCAGCAUCAAGGAAAGGGAAGAGGCACUGCUGGGAGGGCUUGUGCUAGCUCAGGAGUGGGGGCCCCUUUCUGAGGAGUCCCAUCAUAAAAACCAAUAGCUGUGACUGGUGGAGCAACCCCACCACUCCUAACUCGAAGUGUCCACUAAAUCCACUCCUGCCUUCCUCGUUUCUCAUCUCCCAGGCCCGGCACGAUUCUGGUGGUUGUGUGCUGUGUGUUGAGAAGCAGGAACCUGGCACAGAGGAGCAGGAGCACAUCAGAGAUCGUGUUGCAGAGCUCUCCCAGCACAGCCCCUGCUCUUUGCUUUGAGAUGGAUGAGGGCAGCAUUGGGGACCCCCCAGGACAGCUGUGGGUCCAGGCAGCACAGGAGGCAGGUAGUGUAGGAGAGAAGUGGGCAGGGAGGGGGGAGGAGGAUCUUUCCUCGAUCAAGUAUUUCACAUUGAGGAGGAAAAAUGAGGCUGCCUUUGCAGCCCCCAAAAAAGAAACACCUGCGUGAUUUCUUUUGUACAAAUAAUCACGAAGUGGCAACCAGCAAAUAAAGAAUGGAAGUAUCCAAGUGCAAUUUGCUCCUAUGGAAGGUGGGAGCGCUCCACCCGCACCCCAGGCCUGACUCAGCCAUGGGUCUUUGUGCCUGGCCAGGCCCCCAGCCCUUGUUGGCAGAGCUUACUGGUUUCCCUUACUGGUUUCAGCCCUUCCCCUGGGUGGGUGGAUAACCUGGUGGCUGAGGGCAGGUGGGAAUAGGGCGUCUCAUCCCAGAUAACAACAGAGGUCAUUUCCCCACAAUGUGCCCAUAGCAGGCCAAGCCCACAUCUCUGCUUCCUUACUAUUAUUUGUUUGAAUAAUAGUCCCGUAGUUGUUUGUUGGAAGAGGUGUUCCCCUGGACGGACGUUUCUGCACCCAUUGGCAAAGACUAAAACGAGUCCGACGUUAUGCCUCUACCUUGAAUGUAAUCCUGAAUCUUUCUGCUGUAACCACUACUUGUUUGUAACGUGUAUUUGCCUACCACCAACUCUCCCUUCCACUAUGCAGCAAAUGGCGAGCGGCCAUUGGCACCGUCUGAGCCGGGCAGUGCUGGGCUGUGGGAUCCAGAGUGAGUGUUCAACUGGAAAAGAGCGACGAGUUACCAGGGGAGAGGGAGAGGCGGCCUCUUCAGAUCGAAUUAUUUUUUCAGUUACAAAUAUUUGAAAGAAAAGAAAAAAAGAAAAAAAAUUGAAGAAAAAAAAAUCCAUUUUAUUAAAAAAAUUCCAAAUGGC